GCAAAGCUCAAGGAAAUGCAGUCGUUCUUUGGACUACAAGUGACUGGAAAACCUGAUUUUGAAACAUUGGAGAUGAUGAAAAAACCCAGAUGUGGUGUAACUGAUGUACAGAAAUAUAUGGCCACACCAGGGAAUCCCAAAUGGAAAAGAAAUAAUCUGACAUACAGGAUUUUGAAUUACACCCCAAAGAUGAGACGAGCUGAUGUAGAUGAAGCAGUCAGAAGAGCUCUCAACGUCUGGAGCAGUGUGACACCAUUGACUUUCCAAAAGCUUGAGGACAAAGAAGCAGAUAUAAUGAUCUCCUUUGCUUAUAGAGACCACCGGGACAAUUCUCCUUUUGAUGGCCCCAAUGGACAGCUGGCUCAUGCAUUCCAGCCUGGUGAAGGUAUUGGUGGAGAUGUGCAUAUGGAUGAGGAGGAAGCUUGGACGAAAGAUGGGAGAGGCUACAAUUUGUUCAUUGUUCUUGCCCAUGAGCUUGGCCACUCACUGGGUCUGUCUCAUUCAAACGAUCCUGGAGCACUGAUGUAUCCAACUUACUCCUACAUCGACCCCGAUGAAUUCCUUCUUCCUCAGGACGACAUUAAUGGAAUUCAGUCCAUCUAUGGACAGUCCAAUGCUCCUAUGCAGCCAACAGGACCUAUAACUCCAGAAGCUUGUGACCCAAAUUUGACAUUUGAUUCUAUCACUACCCUACGUGGAGAAAUAUUCUUCUUCAAGGGCAGGUAUAUGCUGCGCAAGCAUCCUGCAAGGACAGAGGCAGAGCUCAAUUUUAUUUCACUGUUCUGGCCAAGAUUACCAUCAGGAAUUCAAGCUGCUUAUGAAAACAUUGAGAGAGAUGAAAUCACAUUUUUUAAAGAGGAUAAAUACUGGGUCGUCAGGGGAUAUGACAUUCUACCUGGCUAUCCCAAACGAAUCUAUCACCUUGGGUUCCCAAAGACCGUUAAAAGAGUGAAUGCAGCUUACAAUGAUGAAACCACAGGAAAAACAUACUUCUUUGUAGCUGACAGAUACUGGAGAUAUGAUGAAGAGAAAAAAUCCAUGGAUCAUGGAUAUCCCAGGAAAAUAGUCUCCGACUUUGGAAACAUAGGCAGAGUUGAUGCUGCUUUCCAGAAAGAUGGUUAUGUGUAUUUCUUCCAUGGAACAACUCAGUUCCAGUUUGAGCCUCAUGCUAAACGGAUUGUUCGAAAAAUGAAGAGCACCAGCUGGUUUAAUUGUUAA